CCGUAUCGCCGUAUGACCGAACCUGGUCCCUGCUCUCAGGUCUCGAAUUCGUAACAAACGAAAGAAAGAAAGCCAUGCACGCAUUCCUUGCGGCCGCCGCACCUGUGAAGUUACUGGAAGACUGCGGACAAAGUUUAUCCAUUUCCAUGCAUCGUUGGGUCGACCAACUUCCACGCUACCUAAUUCCGAUUAUUCGCGGAAGAAGACUAUUGCAGUUGUCCUUCUUUCCCUCUCUCGUCGUCUUUUUCAUCUUUCUUUCUGAUUCUUACCCCUUCCUCAAUCCCCAUGGAUUUCUUUAAAUCUGUCCUCUCCAACCUCCACGACGACGACGACGGCGGCGGCGACGUCGAGGAGGAGAUCGCAGCUAACUCUAACCCUAACGCUAUUUCUUCCACUGGCCGCGGCGCUAUGUGGAACCUCGGAGGUCUCAUCAAGAUCCUCGCCGUGAAAUCGGAGACUGUGAUGCAGACCUACCGCAGGGACCUGGAGGAGUUCCGCUCCGGCCUGAAGAAGGAGACGGCGGCGCUGCAGGCGGCCGUCGCCUGCGUCGUACGCGACCUCCCGGGCUCCCUCGAGGCCGGCGCCGCCUCCGCCCAGGAGUCCAUCGAGUCCGUCGGCUGCUCCGUCGUCGGGAUCCUCGCCCACGGCCGGGAAGCUCUCCUCCGCCCCCGCGAGUCCUCUGGGCCGCAGAAGACCACGGAAAUCUCGUCGAAGCAGCAUAGCAGGUUCGAGGCGCAGGUUCUUGCUGUCCAGUGCGAUCAAAAAACGUUCUUGGAGGAGCCGGAGGAUGUGGAGGAUUUCGAGAUUUGGAGAACAGGGUUUGAGUUGGCGGAGAAGGAGGAGGAAAUUGAGAGGCUUGGAUAUGAGAAUGGGAUUUUAAAGGGUGUUAUUGAGAAGCUUGUGCCUGAUGUAGUGGAUUAUGAGACCUUCUGGAGUCGGUAUUUCUACAGGAUUCAUAUGCUCAAGCAGGCGGAGGAUGCCCAAGCGAGGCUCAUCAGAAGGGUUAUUUCGAGGGAAGAGGAGGAGGAGGAUUUGAGCUGGGAUGCUGAUGAUGAGGAGGAGGAGAAGGAAGUAAAAGAACAGAAAGAAGCAGAAACUGGAGGAGAAAAAGAAGACAAGGUGGUGGAGAAAGGAAUAUGUGGGGGUUUGGGAUCCAUAGAGGAGAAGGAAUCCAUAGAAAGGUCCCAGGUUGAACAAGGAGUCCAGUCGAUGGUAGGAAAUGUGGGAAAUGCUGAAAGAAAUGGUGAUGUUUGGAUAUCCAAAUUGAAUGAGAAGAUGCAGGAGGAAAGGAAGGUGGAGGUUGAAGAGAGCAAGCUGUCUAUGCCAGAGGAAGAUGAUUUUGAGUGGGAUGAGCUCGAGGAUCUUGAGGAGCAUGAUGAGAAAAGAGUGGCAGGCCCUAAUGACAGUUUGUGUAAGGUGGAUUUGCACAAGAGACUUGGCGCUGCUGAAGAGGAUGAAGUUCUGAUCUGGGACAUUGAAGAUGAUGAUGAUGAACCCACCAAGCCUUGAAAUUUGGCUAAAGGAAUGUUGGGCACUGACUUUGUUAUGUAUAUAUUGUCCAUGUUUAGACUUUCUUGCUUUUGUAGAGGUCUGCUUUCAAUGGUAAUUGUUUAGAUUUGCUGUUUAUUUGCAUUUAAUUGUAUGUAUGUGUAUUUAGAUAUUUAAGAAUUGUAAAUGCUUCAAUUCUGUAAUGUUAUACACUACUUGUCCAAAAGCUUUUCCAUAAUGCUGUUUGGAUCUUUUUUA